AUGCCUCUUCCAAAGCGACAGGCUAUACCGGUAAAAGGCGCAAAGGCCAGCGUGCCUACCAACGAUUCGCGAUUCGCAAACUUCGAAACCGACCCCAAAUUCAGACUUCCUUCCAAGAAGCACACAAAGACGAAGCUCGAUCCCCGAUUCUCGCGAUUGCGAAGCGACCCAGACUUUUACAACAAGGCUACAGUUGACAAAUAUGGCCGAAAGGUAUCGAAAGAAGCUGGCAAAAAGGCCAUCGACCGGUUGUACGACGCCGACAGCGACGACAAAGACGACGAAGAUGAAGAAGAAGACGAAGACGAAGACGAGCUAGAGCUAGUGCGGCCGGCUGAUAAGAAGCGAGACAAGGCCGUCAAGAAAGAAAUGCAGAGAGUACAGCAAGAAGGCUUUGAUCCCAUCAGAGACGGUGGACUCGAGUCUUCAUCUGAUGAAAGCUCGAGCGAAGAAGAGGAAGAAGCUGAGCUCGAGGAGCAGACAGAGCUUGCGGGCGAUGACAACGAAGUUCCGACAGGCGACAUAUCUGCACGCUUGGCUGCUGUGAACAUGGACUGGGACAAUAUAAGGGCAACAGACAUCAUGGCUGUCGCAAAUUCCUUUGUUCCGGCUGAUGGGCGAAUCCUUAACGUUGUCAUCUACCCUAGCGAGUUCGGUAUGGAGCGGCUACAGCGAGAAGAGAUUGAGGGACCACCCCGGGAAAUCUUCGCAUCGACAUCUAACAAAGACAAGAACAACAUUGGUACACUCGACGACGAUGACGACGACGACACCUCAGAGGUGGACGAUGAAGAACAAAACAGGGCAGACUUACAAGGAGACGAAACAGGCGAAGAGUUCGAUUCCACCAAGUUGCGAGCCUACCAACUGGACAGGCUGCGAUACUACUACGCUGUCAUUACAUGCUCUUCUGCCAACGUCGCAAAGUCAAUCUACGACAAUCUCGAUGGCCGGGAGUACCUGACGAGCGCCAACUUCUUCGACCUACGAUUCGUUCCCGACGGUACAACCUUCGAUCAAGACCCCCACGACGAGUGCGCAAAGCUGCCGGACGGCUACAAACCUAAUGAGUUCUCAACGGAUGCGCUCACACACUCAAAGGUCAAGCUGACUUGGGAUGCCGACGAUGCAACACGGAAGGAGGUGCAAAAGCGUGCUUUCUCGCGCAAAGAGAUUGACGAAAACGAGCUGCAAGCAUACCUGGGUACGGACUCAUCAUCUUCCGAGGAUGAGGAAGAGGUGGCGAAGGCAGACAAGGCUGCAAGUCUCAGAGCAGCCCUGGGCUUGGAGGCUCCUGGCAAAUCCUCAAAGACGAAGAAAAAGGCGUCUGCGAAACGGGAUCGUGACUUUCCGAAGCCAGAUAGCGAGAUGCAGAUCACCUUCACAGGAGGGUUAUCCAACGGCGCCGGCAACGGUGAUGUGUUCGAAAAUGAUAUCCCGCUGCAAGAGACUACGAUGGAGAAGUACAUUCGAAAGGAGAAGGAAAGGAAGGCGAAACGUAAGGAGAGGUGGGAAGCCAAGAAGGCCGGUCGAGACCCUGACGCUCCAGUCGAACAGGAGGUGGAUGAGCCAGCGGAUGCGAACGAUGACGAUCCAUUCAACGACCCAUUCUUCGCUUCUGAUCCCGAAGAAGCUGCAAAGGCCUCCAAGCCCAAGUCGAAGAAGUCCGAGAAAGCCAAGAAGAAGGCAGAACAAGAGCAACAGGAUCAGGCAGCUGCAGCGGAGCGCGCAAAUCUGGAGCUGCUUAUGGCUGAUGAAGACGAUUCAAAGUUGCGUCACUUCGACAUGAACGAAAUCGUCAAGUCAGAGAAGGCGAAAAAGAAGGGCAAGAAAGCUAAGAAGAACGCCCCCAUCAUAGAGGACAACUUCAAGAUUGACACCACUGAUCCCCGUUUCGCGAAACUAUACGAGAGCCAUGAGUUCGCUAUCGAUCCUACGAACCCCAGGUUCAAGGAGACAUCGGGUAUGAAGGCGCUGCUAGAGGAGGGUCGCAAGAAGCGGAAGCAAGGCAAGGAUGAAGAUGAGCCAGAGCUUCAACGAGAGACAAAGAAGUCAAAACAAGACGCUGCAGAUGGUGAUGACGAUAUCAAGAAGCUGGCUGCUCGCGUCAAGGCGAAGAGUAAGCAGAAGUAA